ACCCAAUUAUUGCUUUCUCUCCAUUCUUUUUCCAUCAAAAUAGGAAAAGAAAAAGACAAUACCUCGUCUUUGGAUUUCCCUGUUCUCAUUCGAACUUUUCUUUUAUCCCAUUUUCCACUGUCGUUUUGGAAAGUCUCUAUGACUCUUCUUCUCACUUUCUUUCUAUCCAUAAGUCCAAUUUUUGUGGCUAUUUUCUGGCGCUGAUCUGGCAACUUUCCUCUCUCAGAAUCUCAGGUUGAUUUUUGGGUUUUCUUCAAAGUUCUUGGGGAAAUGAUCACAUGUUUGGAGGGAAUGGUGGGAAUUUGUUUGUGCAAUCAGGGACGCUUUUGAAUUUAUUUGGACAAAAGUUAAAUUUUUAUUGGACUUUUGGAAAUAUGAAACAGAAAAGAACUGGGGCAAAGGGUUAUUGAAAUAGGAGAUUCUGGUUUAAAAAUUUGAUUGUUGACUUUUCUGUUUUUGCUGAUCAUGGUUGACAAAAAAAACUUAGCCUCUGUUGAUCUUAUAAUCACUUUUAAGAUACCCAUUUUGAUGUGAUAUUUCACUUCUGUAACCCUUGACUUCUUAGAUUUCAGAAUCAAACAAUGAUUUCAUUGUGAUUAAUAGAAUUAGUUUCAUUUUUUUUCCUGACUUGUUUGAUUUUAGCAUCACACAAUGAUUCCAUUGUGAUAUGAGGAAUCAUACCACCAUGUUUGCUAUAAUGGAAGAUUCCAUUUUUACAUUCUCUCAAGGAACACUGAGAUCUGAUUAUCUGAGGAAUCUUAUGAAUCAACAUAACUGAUCUUUCUGUUUCAGGGUAACAACUCCUUGAUUAUUAGAUUGGACAAAGAAGUACAAAGCUGUCUGUUUAUUAAAUGGCUCCUGGAGGCAAGAACUACCAGGAAACUGUAAUUCCCUGUCAUUCAUAUGGGGAUUACGGUAUUGCCCCUGAAACUUCUGGAUUUAAAGGCUCCUCUCCUCUUAGAAAGUCUGCAGCUGUUGCUAGCGGGAAGAAUGGAAUCGGAUCCAAUAGUGCGGUUCAUGAACUACUGGAGUGCCCUGUUUGUUUGGAUAUGAUGUACCCACCUAUUAACCAGUGUCCCAAUGGCCAUACAUUAUGCCAAAAGUGCAGGUCAAAGGUACAAUUGUGCCCUAUAUGCCGCCAUGAUAUUGGAAACAUUAGGUGUUUGGCGUUAGAGAAAAUUGCGGUAUCACUGGAACUGCCUUGUAAAUAUCAGAUGUUUGGUUGUCAAGAUAUAUUUCCUUACCAUAGCAGGCUGAAGCACGAGCAGAACUGCAAGUUCCGCCAUUAUAACUGUCCUUAUGCAGGCUCUGAUUGUCCUGUUAUGGGAGAUAUUCAGUUCCUUGUAACACACCUUAAAAAUGACCACUCGGUUGACAUGCACGACGGCUGUACCUUCAACCACAGAUAUGUCAAAACCAAUCCUCAAGAUGUUGAAAAUGCCACAUGGAUGUUGACAGUCUUCAACUGUUUCGGUCACCAAUUCUGCUUGCACUUUGAGGCGUUCAACAUAGGAAUAUCACCUGUAUACAUGGCAUUCCUCCGUUUCAUGGGUGACGAGGAGGAUGCAAGGAAGUUCAGCUAUAGCCUUGAAGUUGGUGGCCCCGGAAGAAAGUUAACAUGGCAAGGUGUGCCAAGAAGCAUACGCGAAAGCCAUAAAACUGUACGGGAAAGGUUUGAUGGGCUGAUAAUUCAGAGAAGCAUGGCCCUCUUUUUCUCUGGUGGAGAUAGGAAGGAGCUGAAGCUGAAGGUUGCCGGUCGGAUAUGGAGAGAGCAACGGUUAUAAUCAACAGAAUAUAUGUACACAUUUCCUUUCUUCCUCUGUAGCUGUAACUCAUCACAGUAGUAGUUAGUUAACAGCUGAUGGCUUGUAUAGGGGUUUCUUCUUUAUUUUAUUUUCUUUUGUACCACAUAAAGUCUAUAGAUAGAGACCUCAACCAGCUCUUGUAUAAACUUCUCUUUUCAGAAGUUUUUUAUUUUAAUCAUCACAAGUGUUCACAGUCUGGGUUAACCUCUACUCCGUAUAUUCUCGU